AUGAUCUGUCUACGCAUAGGUCCAAAAUUAUUUGCUCCGUUCAUCAGCGACAACAAUACACUGGUGUACCUCCUUGGACAAUCUAACCUAAUCUCAUUGGAAGCACGACUAUUCUUACCGAAAUCUAUCCAGCAAAAUUAUUCGUGGAGCACUAACGCCUUUAGGUCCAAGGUUGGGGAUUAUUUAUUUUACAAACAAUGA